UGAAACCUUCCUAGCCCUUAGCUCGCUUUCCUUGGCUUCGAGUUCGGCCGCUUCCCUCGUUCCUCUGUCUCCGUCCUUCCUUCGAGAGUUCGGCGUCUGUCUCAAGCAGUAGCCUGUAGUUUGGCGUUCGAGUUUCUUCAACAAGAGCCUGGUAAACUGAGUCUCCACUGAUAUUGUUGCAAAAUGGGAAAGCUAGGGAAGAAGGCAAGGAAGUUUGCUAAAAAGAACCUACAGUCUGUUCAAAGAAAAAAGAGGAAGACAAAUUCUAUGUUCAAAAGGAAAGCUUCUAAAAAAAAUAGUCAAGAUAUUGAGGAAGAUCAAGAAAUGGGUUUGAUAGAACAAUCAAAUGGAAGAAACAACGGUGGUGAAGAAAAUGAAGAUGCUUCCCUUGAUGUCAUAUUCAGUGAAGAUGAUAGUGGGAUGAUAGGAGACGAUUCAGGCAGUGAUGAAUUUCUUCCAGAGGACUCAAGCUUUGCAUAUGAUACUGGAAAUGAAAAUGAAAAUUUUAUUGAGAACAGCGCUAGUGGUAGUGCCUUAUCUGUGCAGAACAGAGAUAUCAAUGCAGAACUUUUGAAGAGGACAAAAAUGUUGAACAAAGUGAAAGAACAGGAUGCAAGAUUUUCAAAAUUUCUUGAAAGCUAUUUUGAGAAAAUGGAGCAAAGCCGAGAUGAACAGACUAAUUCUGAUGAGGAUGAGAGCAGUCAUGAUGAGGUACUGCCAAUGAAUAGUGAAUCCAUGCAUUCUUGUGUGGCCAAGCAGCUGACAAGUGCUUCUGUUGACUCUUGGUGUAAAUUGGUCAAAGAGCAGCAUAGUGUGCCUGCCCUUACUUGUCUCUUAAAUGCUUAUCGAGCAGCUUGUCACUAUGGUUCUGAAAAUUCCAGUGUUUCUGGCUCUGUCUUAUCACAUGGAAUUCAAAAGAGUGAAGUUUUCUGCAAGAUAUUGAUGUUUACACUACACGAGGCUGAUCAUACAUUUAGGAAGUUAUUAGGAAUACCAAGUUCUAGUUUUAGAAAGGAAACCGUGUUGGAGAUAAAGAGUACAACUAAAUGGAAAUCUAUAAAGCCGCUUAUUAAGUCUUACUUGAGGAGUACCAUACUCCUCCUUAACCAGGUUACUGACUCUGAAAUAUUGGCCUUCUCAAUUUCUCAACUCAGAGCUUCAAUCAUAUUUCUGGCUGCAUAUCCAUCUUUACUUCGGAGGCUUGUCAAGAUUGCUGUCCAUCUGUGGGCAACAGGUGAUGAGUCUUUGUCAUCACACUCCUUUCAGAUCAUACGAGAUAUAGCUUCAGUUUUCAGCUCUAAUUAUUUUGACUACUGCUUUGUUAAAAUAUACAAGGCUUACAUUACUCACUCUCAAUCUGUUGAACCAAGGUUUAAACAUUUACAAUUUUUGAGGAAUUGCUUUGUGGAGCUAUGCUCCGUAGAUGUGCAGAAAUCAUCUAAUAAAGCAAUGAUAUGCAUGCAACAUGUUGCCAAGAUAUUGCAGAAGGCGUGGCAAACAAAAAAUAAGGAAGAGGUUAAGAAGAUAAGCAGUUGGCAUUAUGUCCAUUGCAUUGAUCUCUGGGUUGCCUUUACAUCAACAAACAUACAUGACUAUGAUCUCCAACCGUUGCUGUAUAUGAUCGUACAGAUCAUAACUGGAGUUGCUCUACUGUUUCCUGGUCCUAGAUAUUUACCGUUGAGACUUAGAUGCAUUCAAUGGCUUAAUCAUCUUUCCAGUUCUAGUGGGGUUUUCAUCCCUGUUACAUCAUUGGUGCUGGAUGUUUUGGAAUACAAAAUUAGUAAAGAUGGUGGGAAACCUGGGAAAGUGUUUGAGCCUUUGUCAGCCAUUAAGCUGCCAAAGCAUUGGUUAAAAUCACGAGAAUUCCAAGAAGAGUGCUUCUCAUCUGCCAUUGAGCUGCUUACAGAACACUUUGCUCAAUGGAGUUACAACAUUUCUUUUCCUGAGCUGGCAACUAUUCCGCUUAUCUAUCUUAAGAAGUUCUGUGAGCUAACAUCUUUUGAGAAUUUCAAACGUGUUCUAAAGCGGUUUAUUGAUCAGGUGGAGCAGAAUGUUGAGUUUGUGGAGAAGAAAAGAGAUGAUGCGACUUUCUCACCAAAGGAUCUGCAGUCUGUUGAAUCAUUUCUUCAGGUUGAAAAACGAAGCGGCAACACUCCCUUUACACAUUACUAUAAGAGCAUCCUGAACAAGGCCACUUCCAGAAAGUUGAUCUCAAAACCAAAGGGUCUCAGCAGACAUAGUCAAGAGAAAAUGCAGCAUCAAAAUGGCAUGUUGGAUGUGACUGUUAUUGAUGGGCCCCAGUAAAUGGUACACCUUCCAGUGGAUGGAGUAAGAAAUUGAGAAGGGGGAGGAAGAAAAUUAUGGGUUGAAGAAUGAUUGGAGAAUUGAUGUCACGUUUUGGAUCUACACAGACAAAUGAAAAUGUUGUCGCCUUUUUCUACUUGAUACACCUUCGUGUUUUAGAAACUGACAUUGUAAAGUGGCAAGGCAGAGAACAAAUACAAUUUUGUUGAUCCCGUUAAUAUUUUGUAAUGUUGCCUCUAGGUUUACAGUUGAGUGUAUUCGAAAACUGUUAGAAGAAAUACUCAAAACAAAGCUUCAAAGUGAAGUUGAAAUUUUGAUAGAGCCGGUGGCUGGCAAUUAGGUCAAUAUCUCUUUUCUCGUCUUCCUGGAUUAUGGAUGGUGGACAAUUCUGCUUACGUUUUUCCAUAUCUUUUUAAUGCAGAUUAUAUGCCUAGAUGAA